AUGCUUCUUAACAAUCCGAACAUCACCGUAACAGAAUAUAUCAAGCUUGCAAUAAAUAUAGAUGGAAUACCUUUAUAUAAGUCAUCAAGCACCCAAUUUUGGCCAAUUCUAGGUCAAUUUGAAUAUGCAACACCAUUUGUGAUAGCACUUUUUUGUGGCAAUAGCAAACCAACACCUGUUGAAUACUUUUGCCAUGAAUUUCUGGAAGAGCUGCAUAAACUUCGAAGUGAUACCAUGAUCGUAAAUGAUAUUGAUGUACGAGUGGCUUUGCACUUUUUCACUUGCGACGCCCCAGCAAGGCAAUUUUUAAAAGGCAUAAAAGGCCAUACAGGAUACGACGGUUGUGAACGUUGUACUGUUGCUGGAGAGUAUAUCGAAGGUCGGAUAAUCUUUAAUGACAUUGAUAAAAAUCCCCGUACUGACGCUGGUUUUCUAAAAUAUGAGUACAAAAAACACCAGCUCAAAUUAAGCCCCCUGAUACAGUAUAACAUAUGUUGUGUUACAGACUUUGUUUUAGAUUACAUGCAUUUGAUGGUCCAAGACUAUGCAAAUUAUCCAGAAAUCAAAUAA